GCAGUUGACGUAAUCAUUUCAGUAAAUCAAGGCAUUCAUCCAUAUCCUAAGCUUGCUAGAGGAACGGUCAAACGACACCAGAACCUGCCUCAGAAAAUAAACCCGAAUCGCAAGCAUUUUCUGCGGCGCUGGCGAAUGAAACGCAGCUAUAAUGGGUUUAUAUAACAAAAAAGGAACUAUUAAGAACUUAAUCAUCAGUCUUUUUUGAUUUUUGCUGCUGGUUGCAGACGUCAUUUGAGAAUUGGCAUCGUGCAGGAUUUCUAUGGUGUUCUAGACGUUUACUGUGGAUAAAUAGCGGAGAAACAUUUUGUGGGACUGAAUCACAACAGCUUCAACCAUGUCUGGCGCCUCAGUGAAAGUGGCUGUCAGAGUUCGCCCCUUCAACACAAGGGAGACCAGCAAAGAAUCAAAAUGCAUUAUACAGAUGCAAGGGAACUCCACCACUAUUUUGAACCCCAAGAACCCAAAGGAACCCAAAACCUUCAGCUUCGACUACUCCUACUGGUCUCACACCUCACCGGACGACCCCAGCUUUGCGUCACAAAACCAAGUCUACAAUGACAUCGGGAAAGAGAUGCUGCAGCAUGCUUUUGAAGGAUAUAACGUCUGUAUUUUUGCAUAUGGCCAGACCGGAGCUGGCAAAUCCUAUACCAUGAUGGGAAAGCAAGAGGAAGGACAGGAAGGCAUUAUUCCUCAGCUCUGUGAAGAACUCUUCGAGAAAAUCAAUGACAAUAACAAUGAGGAGAUCUCGUACUCGGUGGAGGUGGCUUAUAUGGAGAUAUACUGUGAGCGGGUGAGGGACCUGCUGAACCCCAAGAACAAAGGGAACCUACGUGUCAGGGAGCAUCCUCUACUUGGGCCGUAUGUUGAAGACCUCUCGAAACUGGCCGUCACCUCUUACACCGACAUAGCUGACCUGAUGGAUGCUGGUAACAAAGCCAGAACCGUUGCUGCAACCAACAUGAACGAGACGAGCAGUCGUUCUCACGCUGUCUUCACUAUCGUUUUCACUCAGAGGAAGUACGACAGCGAGACGGACCUCUCCACUGAGAAGGUCAGCAAAAUCAGCCUGGUGGAUCUGGCAGGAAGUGAGCGCGCUGACUCAACAGGGGCCAAAGGAACCAGACUAAAGGAGGGAGCAAACAUCAAUAAAUCUUUAACUACACUAGGAAAGGUGAUUUCUGCCCUUGCUGAGGUGGAUAACUGUACCAGCAAGAGCAAGAAGAAAAAGAAGACCGACUUCAUUCCUUACCGAGACUCCGUGUUGACAUGGCUGCUAAGAGAGAAUUUAGGAGGCAAUUCGAGGACUGCAAUGGUGGCCGCACUGAGCCCUGCUGACAUCAACUUUGAUGAGACGCUCAGCACUCUACGAUAUGCAGACAGAGCCAAGCAGAUCAAGUGCAACGCUGUCAUCAACGAAGACCCCAAUGCCAAACUGGUGCGGGAGCUAAAGGACGAGGUGUCGCGGCUGAAGGAGCUGCUCCGUGCCCAAGGCCUCGGGGACAUCCUGGACAUCGAGCCAAUGGGGGAUGAUUGCCUUGGAAGUGGAAGCAAAUACCUGAAAGAUAUACACAACAAUAAGCAUAGAUACUUGCUUGCCUCAGAGAACCAACGGCCUGGCCAUUUCUCCACAGCACCCAUGGGCUGUCUGACAGCCUCUCCGUCCUCAGGCUCUCUCUGCAGCCAGGCAGGCCUUCAGUCCGUCUCCAGCAUCCAGGAGCGCAUCAUGUCCACGCCAGGUGGAGAAGAGGCCAUCGAGAGGCUCAAGGAGUCAGAAAAGAUCAUAGCCGAGCUGAAUGAGACCUGGGAAGAGAAGCUGAGGAAGACAGAGGCCAUCCGUAUGGAGAGAGAGGCGCUGCUGGCAGAGAUGGGAGUUGCCAUACGGGAGGACGGGGGAACCCUGGGCGUCUUCUCUCCUAAAAAGACGCCUCACCUGGUGAACCUGAACGAGGAUCCUUUGAUGUCAGAAUGUCUGCUCUAUUAUAUCAAAGAUGGAAUAACAAGGGUGGGCCAGGCAGAUGCUGAAAGAAGACAGGAUAUCGUUCUAAGCGGAGCACACAUUAAAGAGGAACACUGUAUCUUCCGCAGUGAGAGGAAUGCCAAUGGACACGUGAUUGUCACGUUGGAGCCAUGUGAGGGAUCAGAAACGUAUGUAAAUGGAAAACGUGUGAAUUCUGCGGUCCAGCUGCGCUCAGGUAACCGCAUUAUCAUGGGAAAGAACCACGUGUUCCGGUUUAACCACCCUGAGCAGGCUCGCGCUGAGCGUGAGAAGACUCCGUCAGCAGAGACACCUGUAGAACCUGUUGACUGGACUUUUGCCCAAAGAGAACUGCUGGAGAAACAGGGUAUCGACAUGAAGCAAGAGAUGGAGAAGAGGCUUACAGAAAUGGAGAUCCUGUACAAAAAAGAGAAGGAGGAAGCGGACCAGCUACUGGAGCAACAGAGACUGGUGUAUGAGAGUAGACUACAAGAGCUGCAGAAACAGGUGGAGACUCGUUCAUUGGCUGCGGAGACCCCCGAUGAAGAGGAAGAAGAAGAGGAAGAGGAUGAAGUGCCCUGGACCCAGCAUGAAUAUGAGCUGGCCCAGUGGGCUUUCAGGAAGUGGAGAUACCACCAGUUCACCUCCCUUAGAGACCAGCUGUGGGGCAAUGCUGUGUACCUCAAAGAAGCCAAUGCCAUCAGUGUGGAGCUCAAGAAAAAGGUCCAGUUCCAGUUUGUCUUGCUCACAGACACCCUCUAUUCUCCACUGCCUCCGGAGCUGCUGCCUCCAGAGCCGGAGAAAGAGCGAGACGCCAGGCCUUUUCCGAGAACAGUGGUGGCUGUGGAGGUUCAGGACCUGAAGAAUGGAGCCACUCACUACUGGUCCCUGGAGAAGCUGAAGCAGAGGCUGGACCAGAUGAGAGAGAUGUACGACCGUGCUGGCGAAAUGGCCUCGUCCAAUCAGGGAGAUGAUGGGGAGGGUGCUUUGACCGGCAGUGACCCGUUCUAUGACCGCUUUCAUUGGUUUAAGCUGGUUGGGAGCUCACCUAUUUUUCAUGGCUGUGUGAACGAGCGUCUGGCCGACCGCACACCAUCGCCCACCUUCUCCACCACUGAUUCGGAGAUCACUGAGCUGGCCGAUGAGCGACAGAGCGAGAUGGAGGACUUCAUGGAUGACGAGGCUUUUGUGGACGACACCAGCUCAGAUGCUGGAACUGAGGAGGGCUCGGACAUCUUCAGUGAUGGCCAGGACCCCUUCUAUGAUCGUUCCCCAUGGUUCAUCCUAGUGGGCAGAGCCUUCGUGUACCUGAGUAACCUGCUGUACCCUGUUCCUCUGGUGCAUCGAGUCGCUGUAGUGACAGAGAAGGGGGAUGUGCGAGGAUUUCUGCGUGUGGGGGUCCAGGCCAUCGCCGCUGAUGAAGAGGCUCCUGAUUAUGGGUCUGGUGUGCGCCAGUCGGGAACUGCUAAGAUUUCCUUCGAUAAUGAGUAUUUUAAAAAGAAUGACUUCACCUCAGUGGCCAUGACCCGCUCUGGUCUCUCUCUGGAGGAGCUGCGCAUUGUGGAAGGUCAAGGUCAGAGUUCAGAGGUCAUCACGCCUUCAGAGGAGAUGAACAGAAUCAAUGAAAUGGACCUGAAGCUUGGGAAUGUGGACACAAAACUGGGUGACGGUUUGGCAGAGCAUCUGGAAGUGGGCAGCAUUUUCACUUUUCGCGUCACCGUUCUGCAGGCGAGCGGCAUUCCGGCUGAAUACGCAGACAUCUUCUGCCAGUUCAAUUUCCUCCACCGUCACGAUGAGGCGUUCAGCACUGAGCCUCUGAAGAACACCGGCAGAGGAGCCCCGCUGGGCUUUUACCACGUACAGAAUAUCUCAGUGGAGGUGACGGAGUCCUUUAUUGAGUACAUAAAGACCAAGCCAAUUGUGUUUGAAGUGUUUGGCCAUUACCAGCAACACCCACUGCACAUUCAUGGACAGGACGUGGUCAGCCCCUCUCAGCCUUCCAGAAAGUACUAUCCUCCACCAAUGCCUCUGUCUAAACCAGUGCCAGCCACCAAACUGAACACCAUCACCAAGUCCAACCUGGGUCAGUGUGUGAGCAAGUAUGACCUGCUGGCCUGGUUCGAGAUCAGUGAACUAGAGCCCACUGGAGAGUAUAUUCCAGCAGUAGUGGAUCAUACAGGAGGUCUUCCCUGUCAUGGCACAUACCUGCUGCACCAGGGCAUCCAGCGCAGAAUAACAGUGACUCUGAUCCACGAGAAGGGAAGUGAGCUGCACUGGAAGGACGUCCGAGAGCUGGUGGUCGGUCGAAUCAGGAAUAAGCCAGAAGUGGAUGAUUCAGCCGCAGACGCCGUCCUGUCUCUCAACAUCAUCUCAGCUAAAAACCUCAAAUCUUCCCACAACUCCAGCAGGACGUUCUACCGCUUUGAGGCUGUGUGGGACAGUUCCCUGCACAACUCUCUCCUGCUGAACCGCGUCACUCCAUACGGAGAGAAGAUCUACAUGACCUUGUCUGCCUACCUGGAGCUCGAUCACUGCAUCCAGCCUGCCAUCAUCACCAAGGACAUCUGUAUGGUCUUCUACUCCAGAGAUGCCAAGAUCUCUCCUCCUCGCUCCCUGAGGAACCUGUUCGGCAGCGGCUACUCCAAAACUCCAGACUGUAAUAAAGUGACUGGAGUCUACGAGCUGAGUUUGUGCAAGAUAGCAGACACCGGAAGCCCAGGUAUGCAGCGGCGCAGACGGAAGGUUCUGGACACGUCUGUGGCGUAUGUGCGUGGAGAGGAGAAUCUAGCCGGCUGGAGACCCCGAGGAGACAGUCUGAUCCUGGAGCACCAGUGGGAGCUGGACAAAAUGGAGCAGCUGCAUGAGGUGGAGAAGACGCGUCACCUGCUGCUGCUACGAGAGAAGCUGGGAGAAACACCUCCUCCUAAAUCUCUGAGUGAGUCUCUGUCCCCCAGCCUGAGCAGUGGGACCCUCAGCACCUCCACCAGCAUCUCCUCCCAGAUCUCCUCCACCACCUUUGAGAGUGCCAUCACCCCCAGCGAGAGCAGCGGCUAUGACUCCACGGACAUCGAGAGCUUGGUGGAUCGAGAGAAGGAGCUGGCCACUAAGUGCCUCCGUCUCCUGACACACACUUUCAACAGUGAUUACAACCAAAUGUGCAACAGCAUUAGUGACUGCAAGUUGUCAGAUAUCUCUCCUAUGGGCCGUGAUCCAUCAGUUAGUAGUUUCAGCAGUGCCACCCUCACACCCUCCUCCACCUGCCCCUCGCUCUCAGACUCCAGGACCCCUGAAGCAAACUCUCGUGCCACCAGCCCCUCAGGCUCAGACUAUGAGAACUUCCCCAUGGUGCCCAUUCUGGAGACGUCCUACCUGGCCCGUGCCGGCAAACACGAGUUCCUCAACCUUGUGCCUAACAUAGAGGAAAUGAGGCCUGGAUCUGUUGUGUCCAAGAAGGGCAUACUGAAUUUCAUGGAGCCGCGUUUGAACACCUGGGUGAAGCACUUUGUGGUGGUGCGUCGGCCGUAUGUGUUCAUCUACAACAAUGACAAGGACCCUGUGGAGAGAGGAGUGCUGAACUUAUCCACUGCGCAGGUGGAGUACAGUGAAGACCAGCAGGCCAUGCUCAAGACGCCUCAUACAUUUGCCAUGUGCACCAAACACAGAGGAAUCCUGCUUCAGGCCAACAAUGACAAAGACAUGAACGACUGGCUGUAUGCCUUUAACCCACUGUUAGCAGGAACAAUAAGGUCGAAGCUUGCAAGGAGACGGUCUGGUGUGAUGAAGAACUGAGUGAUCACACACACACACAUGCAGAGAUAGUGCUCUUUUUCUCUCUGUCUACCUUUACAGCGUACCAAGUGUGUUAACACUUCUAAAUCUUUGUGCUUCUUGACAGUUUCUCUUGUAUGUAGACCUGUGGCUCUGUUCUCCAGCAAAUGAACUUUCAGUUCCUCUUUCUCCUCCUCCUCCUCCUCUCUCUAUUGUGUUAUUAUUGAUCGGAUUUCUUCUGUCUUCAGUUUUUGUUCUUUGUCAUAACUGAACCUCCUUCGAGUUGCAUGUUGUAAUAGUCUGUUUGUGUGUGCACGAAUCUUCAGAGCAGGUUCUGCUUCUCUUCAGUUCAUUCUUACAGUGUUGUCUGCCAGGAACAUCUUACCCACAACCCUCAGGAGAAAGUCAGUUUGCUAUAAACCCCUGUGGCAUUAAGGUUGAAAAAAAUAAAUAAGAACAGUAUAAUAAUAUAUAAAAUAUUUCACAUUUAAAGAUUUAAAAAAAUCAACUUUCUCUCACAAAAGAUAAAUAAAAUAGCUUUGCUCCAAAUAUCGCAGAAAAAAUAAUAGAAGAGAUUUUCAGAUGGACCAAAGCACUUCUUCAAGAUGCUUAAUUUUCUAAAAGAGGCUGAAAUUGACUAUUAAACUGAAUGUUCUCACAGUAUUGGAUUUGCUAAAUCAAAGCUAGCAAUGAUGGUGGCUAUGUUGACCGUGUACAUACAGCCCAUUGGCCCAGCCUGACGCAGUGUAUUUGCUUGACAUAAAUUCCACAUAUCAAGGACGUAAAACAUGACAUUUAGCGAAGUGCAGUAUCUAAUCAUAAGAUGUACAUGAAGGAAAGAUGACGAUGAGCUCUCUCAUAUCGCUCUUUCAGUAGCCUACAGGAGUAUUCUGCUCGAUUUCCUCAGUAGAUUAGCUUAAAAAAAUAAAAUGGUGCAAAAGAAUUACCUUAGACACACAGAACACUGACCGAAUGAAUCCAUUUGUACAUAACCUUCAGGAUUACUGCGCUUAAUGCUCUUCAUGGGUUUCUGUCCUUACUGUAUUACUGGAAUGCCAUUUUUUGGGGGCUGUUCGUCUCAUCUGAAGUGAGACGCUGAUUUGAUUGGUUACGGUUACGCAGAUAUUCACAUUUGCAGAGGAAUUUCCGGUCAGCAGGAUCAUUAAACCAGCCUUUUUGAAGAAGAGUAGGACUUUUAAAUAUUAUUGCGCAUUUACCACAUAUCUCUUAACUUAUUUUUUAUUAACAAGCGAUCAGUGUUUUACAUUAUACAAAUGAAGACAAGAAGGGCACUUUUUUCCUCAUUUUAUAGUCUCAUUUAUUUACUCGGACCACUAAAAGCAUUUCAUCACUGUCAGUAGACGUAAACUGGACCGUUUAUGCAGUUCACUGCGGCGCAGUGAGGAAAAAAGGGAUGGUUUUCUACUUUUAAUAGUUGAAGAGUUUAGAUGCACACAAAAAAAAACAAAACAAAAAAAAACACCUCCAAAUGCCGUCUGAAAUUUCCUCCAAAAUGAGCAUUUUGUUCAGGCUCCUGUGUGUGUUUAGUAAUAUCACGUUUAUGGCAAAGAAAAAUUUUCCUGGUCUUUAAAGGACAUAAUAAACAAAGGAAGCUGAGAAAAAUGUUCGUUUUCGAUGAAAAUUUCAGACGGCACUUAGAGGUUUUUGUAUCUGAACUCUUCAGUUUUUCUUUUGAAGUUCUUUGCUCGGUGUGUUUAAAAACAUGCAGUUUAGAGGCAAGUGCUGAAGUUAGCAGUGAUCCAGUAGGAUAUUCGGCUAACAACAUUCCUCUGGCCAGACAACCAGCAGGAAUUAAUGACUGCUACAGAAGUACUGAUCACUGUUAUGAAGUCAAUAAGCUCGCUUUAGCGCAUUUUCACAGGAAACGCAUGAAAACGUCUCUGAAUCUCUGAAAGUCCUCGGGUCAGCCAGCCUGCAGGCCUCAUCGGAGCUGUUGGAUUGUUAUCAGAAAUCUGUGAAAAUGUUCUGAUUUGGCACAUAAGGAGCAUCGAAAGUAAAUGAAGGUUAGCGUUUAUCUAAUUUUAUGAGUUAAUGUUACUUUUUUUGGCCAGAGCAAAGGUUUUCUGAUAUAUUUUUAACAAUCUUUGUUGAGUGGCUUCACUGACUAAUGUGACAUUCAUAAUGAAUUUCCAUUAACUGUAUUUAUUGUUUUGCGAUGUAUAUAUUAGUUUGCAGCUCUUUGCACAUAAUAUGCGUUUAUACAAACUAACAGCAGAACAAAUAAAGCUUGAACUAUUUUUUUUGUUUUCUGGAAUGGAAACCAAAUGGUGUGUGGUGUUUAUGGAAAUGGACUUUGAAUGUAUUUUGAGUUUUACUAAAAUGCAUGAAAUAUCUGAUGAGAUAUGACAAAUAUAGGGACUGACAUGUUGCUGUGCUUCUUAUUUCUUGAAAUAGGAAAUGGAUGAUGUUACAAGGGCACUUUUUCCACAUUUAGAGUUGUGAUAAGGCUUGUGCGUUUUAAUUUCUAACAUCAGGGAAUAUGUUUUCUAAAAAUAUAGCAUUGUUUUAUGGCGCAGUCAUUUCGCUCUCUUUUUUUGUUGUUGUUUUGCGCACACUCAUGCAUUUUUUUCUCCCAUGCUGCCUUUGAAGCAACCCUGGCAUUACUGUAUCACCUCACGUUUCCAGAUGAACAUUAUUCCCUCUUAUUGUGAUGAAACGACAGAAACAGUUUAGCUGUGGCAUUAACACUGUACAUUAUUUGUCAGAUUGGCUUCAUUUUCAUACUUAUUUUGUAAAUAUUUCAUGUUGUAUGGAACUUGGAUUAAAAUGUAAAUAUGUCUCCUGUAUUUGUAAUAAUUAUAAUCCAUUCGCUGUAUAGCCUAGACGUGUAAUGCAUAUAUCUUAAUUCUGUGUAUGGUAAUCUUGCACCAUUGACCUGUUUAGUGAAUGAGGUAAAAAAAUAAAAUUACAACCAGUGCAUUAGA